GGUUAGUCAUUCGUCUCGUACGCCACAUUAUGUGACAAGCGUUCAACAAAACGCCAACGCUAAUUACAAACCCAAAGUUCAGUGAUACGUGCAAAGCUGCAAGUGCGAGCUGUCUGCGAAAGGUGCGAAAAGUACGAGAAUGAUCGAGUCGCGUUAAGAGAUGAAAACCACGUGCAUUUCCGACAUACGCGCAGUGAUUUAGGUGAUCAGCAGUGUGGCUAGAUCAAAACCGGUGCUCAAAUUAGUAUGUUAUCAUCAUUCGCAAUAAGGUUUUAAAAGGACGCUCCUAUCAGUUGACACUAUUUAUUUAUUAUUUUGGCCAAUCAUCGUCAGAUACGUUUUUCGACGUUGUUUAACACGAAGAAAAUUUUUGUUGUUUCGACGCGUGACACGGUUCCUAUUUACAUAUUUGCAUUCAUGCACGUCUAGCACCAGGACUCUGACAGCAAACGGGAUAACUGAGUAGUGAAAUCGUAACUAAAGCAAAAUGAAUCGCUCUUCUUACGGAUGGAGAGCAGAGGUGGUCGAACCAGAAAUUGUACUCCAAGUAGCAUCGAAACCGGAAUUGGGCGAAAAGGGUUCUGGGUUCAGAGCUCGGGCAGCGGUGCAAGACUUUAGCAAACUGAAGCACGAGUGUUUGGCCACGGGGACGCUUUUCGAGGAUCCGGAAUUUCCAGCGGACGAUUCGUCGUUGUACUUUUCGAGAAGGCCCGACAGAUACAUAGAAUGGAAACGACCGAUGGAAAUCGCAGACAACCCUCAACUGUUUGUCGAGGGUUUUUCCAGAUUCGACGUUCAACAAGGGGAAUUGGGGGACUGCUGGUUGCUGGCAGCAGUGGCGAAUCUAACUAUGGAUAGCAACUUGUUUUUCCAAGUAGUUCCGGAAGACCAGAGUUUCGAGGAAAACUACGCUGGUAUAUUUCAUUUCAGAUUCUGGCAGUACGGUAGAUGGGUAGACGUGGUGAUCGACGACAGAUUGCCGACGUAUCACGGCGAGCUACUAUAUUUGCAUUCGGCGGAGGUCAACGAAUUCUGGAGCGCUCUUCUGGAGAAGGCGUACGCCAAACUUCACGGCUCGUACGAAGCGUUGAAAGGUGGGACAACCUGCGAGGCCAUGGAGGAUUUUACAGGUGGCGUGACGGAAAUGUAUCAGAUGGACGAAACCCCUCCAAAUUUAUUUAGCAUUUUGUUAAAAGCUUUCGAGAGGAACUCGCUAAUGGGUUGUUCGAUAGAGCCUGAUCCAAAUAUAUUGGAAGCCGAGACGCCUCAAGGACUGAUCAGAGGCCAUGCUUACAGUAUUACACGCGUGAAAUACGUGGAGAUUCAAACGCCGAAUCAAUAUGGGAGAAUACCGCUACUCAGGCUUCGAAAUCCGUGGGGUAACGAGGCAGAAUGGAAUGGUCCGUGGAGCGAUCAGUCGCCAGAAUGGAGAUUCAUUCCCGACCACGAGAAAGAUGAGUUAGGCCUAACGUUCGACAUGGACGGUGAAUUUUGGAUGUCAUUUCAGGACUUUACGCGAUAUUUCACGCAGCUAGAAAUAUGUAACUUGAAUCCAGAUUCGUUGACCGAAGACGAUUUAAACGCCGGCAAGAAGAAAUGGGAGAUGAGCGUGUUCGAAGGGGAAUGGGUGCGUGGCGUUACGGCAGGAGGUUGUAGGAACUUUUUAGAAACCUUCUGGCAUAACCCGCAAUACCGAAUUACCCUGGAGUACCCGGACGAGGAUGACGACAAGUGUACAGUGAUUGUUGCACUGAUGCAGAAAAAUAGGCGAGCGCAGAGAAGAAUGGGUGCCGAAUGUCUCAGUAUUGGAUUUGCGAUAUAUCAUCUGGAGUAUCCAGAUCGGUUACCUAAGCCACUGGAUGUCAAUUUCUUCAAGUACAAUGCGUCCGUUGGAAGAUCACUGUUCAUAAAUUUACGAGAAGUAACGUGCCGUUUCAAACUACCACCUGGCGUCUAUUGUAUAGUUCCGAGUACGUUCGAUCCUAACGAAGAGGGUGAAUUUUUAUUGCGAAUCUUCUCCGAAAAUAAGAAUAACAUGGAAGAAAACGACGAUGAAGUUGGCGUUGGAGAAAUUGACGAUAGGGUCAUUAACUCUAAAGGUGAUAACACGCACGGAGAUGGCGAUAGGGUUCAAGACGAAUCGGAUCAGGAUCGAAAUGCAGAAAAAGUUCGAGAGUUCUUCAAAAAGCUCGCUGGUGACGAUAUGGAAGUGGAUUGGAUGGAAUUGAAGGAAAUUUUAGAUUUUGCGAUGCGAAAAGAACUACCGCAGUCGGCGCGUCGUAGUGAGGCUCAUGCCCGUGAAACUGUACAAGGAGAUGGUUCGUUUAUCGACACUCUCAUCUCACUGCUGUGCGGCAUUCUUUGUAAUAACGAACAGUACAAUAAGACUGUAGAAACGAGUGGUAAAGGAUUCAGUAAGGAUGUAUGCCGUAGUAUGGUCGCCAUGCUAGAUACAGAUCAUUCUGGAAAGCUUGGAUUUGAAGAAUUUAAAACGUUAUGGAACGACAUAAGGAAAUGGAGGGCUGUAUUCAAAUUAUACGACAAAAAUGAGUCGGGACAAUUGAGCGCGUUUGAAUUGAGGCAAGCGUUGAAUAGCGCAGGUUAUCGACUCAAUAAUCACAUUUUAAAUAUCUUGGUACAUCGUUAUGGAACGAAGGAUGGCAUGAUCACCUUCGACGAUUACAUAAUGUGCGCGGUGCGACUUAAAACAAUGAUAGAUAUUUUCCGAGAACGGGAUCCAGACUCGACCAACACGGCAACGUUCACGAUGGAAGAGUGGAUAGAGAAAACGUUAUACUCGUAAUUUAACGCGUGUGUGAAAAAAUUAUCGAUGACAGAAGAUAAAUAGCACACGUCUUAUUCUUUUCUCGUGCUAUAAAUCUGAUUACAUUGAACAAACUCCUGAUAAUUCCAUAUAAGAAAUCGAGAUUCUUUUUGAAAAACCUACAAAAGCCAAAAAAAGAAAAAAGUAUACCCAUAUAAAAUAUGCUUUUCCUACACUAAUUUAUUCUUGUAUCGACGCUGUUAUAUCGUACAUGGAGAGAAAACGUGCCUUAAUGUGUCGUUACAUGUAAAAUUCAUAUCGUUUUAUUAAAACGAUAAUUUGUUAUAUCAAAAAGUACUAGAAACUAGUCUUACAUAUGUACAUCAUUUCCUUCUCUCGUUCAAACGUCGCAUUUACAAAAGAUUCGAAACUCUACUCCAAAGGAAAUUUAACAACUCUGUAUUUAAUGUGCCGAGUAUUUUCUUAGCCUUUUCCUUCCACAAUUAUUCUUAAACAAAUUUCUUUACUAUGUAUUUUUAUAACACGUGUAUGUAUAGAGAUACGCUUAAGAAAGAUACUGUUAAAAACAAAAAGUUUUAUAGAAUAAAUCAAACUUACGUAUCGUUGAA